UUGCAAAUGUCCACAAGGAAAAUAGCUUUGCAAGUGUUAAAGAAGUCACGAACCGGUACUAAUGAAUUGGCUUGGAAUUGAGACUGCGUUUGGCAGUAUAAAAGGAGAAAAUGGAGACUGAGGAUGUUAAAACAUUUCAUCAGUGUGUUGUAUGUGAUGAGAUAUUUGAAUGGUAUGAAUACUUGGAAAUCCACAAUAAAAUACAUGUUAAAGAAGAGAAAACUGACGAUGUUGAAAACCAGACUGAAAUACAUGAUGAUGAGGAAGAAACUGGUUACAUAGAAAAUAUUAAAGAUGAGAAACCAGACAAAGUUGUGGGACUUGAUGGAAGUAAGGGAGACAACUCUGUUCAAAUUAUGGGAGAUAACUCUGAGCAAAGUGAGGGAGACAACUCUGAUGAUCAAAACAGGAGACUUUUUAAACAAGAGACAAUACAUGAAGUUGAAAAGGUUGAAGGUUUCGGAAACUUUAGUACAAAAACAAACCAUAACAAAAUAUAUGUUGAAGGGGCGGAGACUGAUCUUGUUGAGAAUAGAAUACACAAGAAACAUGUUAUAGAAGCGGGAUGUAUGGAAAGUUCGUCACAUCAAUGUACAGUUUGUAGCAAGAAUUUUAAGCAAUACACUGACUUAGAAAAACAUUAUAAAAUACAUGUUAAAGACGAGGAGUCUAUACAUGUAGCUACUACUUCACAUUACUGUAUAGUUUGUAAGGAGCAUUGUACACAAUAUUUAGACUUAGUAGAACAUUAUAAAGUACAUUUUAAAGAAGAGGAGUCUAAAGCAAGUACUUUGUAUCAAUGUACAGUAUGUCCAAUUAGUUUUAAACAAUAUAUAGAAUUGGAGGAACAUAGUAAAGUACAUAUUAAAGAAAAGGAGUUAACAGAAUGUACCACACAUCAAUGUACAGUUUGUCAAAAGAAUUUCACUCUAUUCAUUGAUUUACAGGAACAUAAUUGUAGUAAAACUGAUUUAAAUCAACUCGGUCAAUCUGAUGAUGUGCCUUUAGGAGAAAAAUUAAAGAAAAAAGCAGACUGGCCAUGCUCUAUUUGUCAUAAAUCAUUUUCUUGGAAAUGUAGAUUGCAAAAACACAUGAAACAUCACACAGGGGACAAGCCUUUUAAAUGUGAUGUGUGUGGUAAAUCAUUUACACUAAAGGCUAAUUUGCAAUCACAUGUCAAAAUACAUAGUGGAGAUCAACCAUUUAAAUGUGAUGUUUGUGGUAAAUCAUUUAGCCUGAAAUCUAAUUUACGAGCGCACAUCAAGAUUCAUACUGGUGACAAGGCUUAUAAAUGUGAUGUUUGUGGUAAAUCAUUUACCCUGAAGUCAAAUUUGCAACAACAUAUAAGAACUCAUACCGGCGAUCAACCUUUUAAAUGUGAUGUUUGUGAUAAAUCAUUUUCCCAAAAGUGCAGUCAGAAGAAGCACAUCAAAACACAUUUUAAAUGUAGCGCUUGUAAGACAUCAUUCUCCUCUGGAGAUCAACUGACAGAACAUAUGAAGAUUCAUACUGGUGAACGCUGGAUAAAAAUUCGCCCAAAAUAUCAAGAUAAUAAAAAUUAGUCGUAUCAAAUGAAA